AUCAUUUAACAAUUGUCUUACGGAGCAAACGCCAACAUGGAAGUCGGAAUAGCCAAAAAGCGGAGUAUGGAGAAAGUGAUGACAUUCCUCUUCAUAUGUUCUUGCUUCUUUUACAUGGCAUCAGGAAGAAUACAUAGAUUUAGUUUAAAGAAUGAUGAUAGAGGAGUUGUGAGGCUGAGUACAUUUGGAUUUUUGAAGAGAGGGGCAUUGCAAGUGAAUAUUACCCAAUUUAGAUAUCAUCUGAAGGAUACUAUUAAUACCACAGACAACAGGAAAAUGAUGGAUUCAAUGUUUGGGUUUACUCUGGAUAAAAGUGAAAGCAGUGGUAUUUCCUCUUAUUUGGAGGAUAAUCAGGGAAAGAACUGUAUUCUCUCAUUGACUGACCCAGCCAGCAUCUUCAAGGAGAAGACCAUGUCUAUUGUAUUUUUCAGGAUGAAAUUUUCAACAAAGGAAAUGACAAUUCAGAAAUAUGGAGAUGACAUUAAGUUGCUGCAGAUAUCUACACUAGCUCAAAUGAAAGCAUCUGGUAGGAAAUCUAUAACAGGGGGAAAUACAGGUAAAGUGCUGAGUGACCAAUCAAUGAUGCAAAAGAUUGAAAAUGACAAAUUCUCUGAUCCUCCACUCAAAGCUGAAUAUCAUGAUGGUACCCUAUCAAGUACCAAGCAGACUAGUCGUCAGCGCCGAGCUGUCACAGAGCCUACCCCCAGUGUGGUAGCACCUCAGACUACCACCCCCAGAAGUGUGAUGGCUCCAGAACCCAUACCCAUAGUGACGGGGAAAGACAAUGGAUAUUCCGUGUCGUUUGGAAUCAAUAUGGAAACGGACCAAGAGGAAGGACUGUACAAUCUCUACUUUCACAACUGCUUCCAGUAUACAAAGAAUGUCCAUUCAACAUUUGAAAUGCAGAUUUACAUAGAAGAGAUCAAUGAUGGGAACUACCUGUCAGCAGGUGAAAUGCCGAUCCCCGCCCUCUUCUUUGUCCUGUCCUGCAUGUUUUUCAUCGCUGGCAUUGUAUGGAUGGCUAUUCUGCGCCGUUCAAAGGAGAAUGUUUACACAAUGCAUUACUUGAUGUUUGCUGUCGUGAUGGUUAAGGCUCUCUCAAACCUCUUUAAUGCUGUGAACAUGCACUUCAUUGCUGUGGAGGGAAUACAUGAAGAAGCUUGGGCUGUUCUGUACUAUAUUGUGUAUCUAUCUCGUGGAGCUCUCUUGUUUGUAACCAUUUUGCUGAUUGGAACAGGAUGGACUUUUAUUAAACAUGUGUUUUCCGACAAAGAGAAGAAAUUGUUUUUGAUUGUUAUUCCGCUACAGAUUCUAGACAACAUUGCCUACAUUAUUAUUGAGGAGAGUGAGGAGGGGCAGUCUCAGUACACUAUUUGGCAGGAGAUCUUUAUUCUGGUGGAUCUCCUCUGUUGUGGCGCCAUCCUCUUCCCUGUCGUCUGGUCGAUGAGACAUUUACGACAAUCCACUAGGACAGAUGGAAAAGCAGCAUUCAGUUUACAAAAACUUGCCCUCUUCCGACAUUUCUAUAUCAUGAUUGUGUGUUAUAUUUAUUUUACAAGAAUAAUAGUUUACUUAGUAAAGAUUACAGUCCCCUUCCAAUAUGAAUGGUUAGAUGAACUAUUUAAGGAACAAGCCACGAUAGUGUUCUUCAUUAUCACAGGAUACAAAUUCCAGCCUGUUCCUAAUAAUCCAUACCUUCAGGUCCCCACAGAGGAUGAAGAAGUCGAAAUGGAUGAAGUGAUAACCAAAUCAGGUGCCAUGGACACAGUCACUCACGUCAAUAAAGUGGGAUCAGGCCUCAAACAAAGGGAAAGCAGUCAUGAGUAUGACUGAGAUGCUAGUGUUGGAGGAAGUGGCGAUGAGGAGCUGGUUUUGUAUGCCUGUCAGUGUUGUAGAGACACAAUGUUCAGCUAAAGUAAAAGCCUCCUGACUAUUUAGUUGACAGUCUUAUGGUGGAAGUUCUUGUGCAAUUUUGAAUUAACGUGUACUGUUUGUGUGUAAAUGUGUAUAAUUUGGAAAUUGCUUUAUUACAUCCACAUGACACUGUAUUUUUCUUUGUUUCAGUUGGUUUGAUACUGUUUGUAGUUUUAUCUAUCUUGAUAUUUGAAAAAUGUUACAUCUGCUAGGGUAAUUAUUUUGUGGGGUGCAAAAAUGAAAUAUGCUCUGACUAUGGUAAAGUCUCCACUUUUUAGCUCACCUGAGCCAAAGGCUCAAGUGAGCUUUUAUGAUCAAAAUUUGUCCGUUGUCUGUCGGCGUUGUCGUAAACUUUUCACAUUUUCAUCUUCUCAAGAACCACUGGGCCAAUUAUAACCAAAGUUGGGUGAAGGGCUUUCAAGUUUGUUCAAAUAGAGGGCCAUGCCCCCUUCAAAGGGGAGAUAAUCACAAAAAUGCAAAAAUAGGGUGGGUUCAUUUAAAAAUCUUCUUCUCAAGAACCACUGGGCCAGAGGAGCUGAAAUUUUCAUGAAAGCUUCCUGACAUAGUGCAGAUUCAAGUUCAAAUCAUGGCCCCCAGGGGUAGGUUGGGGCCACAAUAGGGAAUCAAAGUUUUACAUACAAAUAUAUAGGAAAAAUCUUUAAAAAUCUUCUUCUCAAGAACCACUGAGCCAGAAAAGCUGAGAUUUAUAUGAAAGCUUCCUGAUAGCAGAUUCAAGUUUGUUCAAAUCAUGGCCUCUGGGGGUAGGUUGGGGCCACAAUAGGGGAUGAAAGUUUUACAUGAGAAUGAAUAGAGAAAAUCUUUAAAAAUCAUCUUCUCAAGAACCACUGAGCCUUCUAGAAGAGCUGAGAUUUACAUAAAAGCUUCCUGACAUAGUGCAGAUUCAAGUUUGUAAAAAUCAUGGCCUCCAGGGGUAGGUUGGAGCCACAAUACGGACUAAGGUUUUACAUGCAAAUAUAUAUGGAAAAUCUUUAGAUAUGGGCCAAGGUAACUCAGGUGAGCAAUGUGGCCCUUGGGCCUCUUGUUAUAAUGCUGACAGCAUAUGUCUUUUUUUUAAUUAGAAAUUUGAGUGUGAACAUGUGAAGGAGAUGUGAGACUUUAUAGAGAAGAGGUUAAGAGUAUUGCGUUUGUGUCUAUCAUCUGUGAUAUUUUUUGUGGUGGUCCAGUACAUUGCAGGCGAGGAAAUUCCUUGCAGUCACCAUUCCAAGCUUUGUAAAAAUAAAGUGUUAGAAUCCAAAAUACAAGUGGUGCCAGACUAUUCAGAAGAGCUCCUCUCCUGAACGCUAUACAUGGUAUCUGCACAGGAAAUUUCUGUCUGUAGUGCAUUAUUAAUGCAGAAUUAUUUCUCCAUACAUGUACCAGAAUAUAUUUAUGCUAUUUAAAACAUUCAACCAUUUUAACAUUUCCAAUGUUUUUGCCUUUGAUAUCUUUACAAUAUCCUCUUAAAUGUGUUGCUUUUGUGAACAAUGAACCGAUGAAUCUUGGUAAAUAUACAUGUAGUACAUAUAUUUUAAUGGCUGGGAAUUGUGACAGAAAUGAAAACAGAAUGUAAAUAUAAGAAAUAAACUUAAUUUUUGAAAAUUUCUUGUGGAUAUGAACAGCAACGCUUCACGCCAGUAUACUUUUUAUGAAGGGCUAAUGUUUCAUGAAGUGUUCUGUCUUUAUAAGCAUCACGGUUCAUUCCCUCACGUAUUUUCAAAAACGAAGCUUUAUUUUUUAAUUGCAUUUUCGAGUUUUUUGGUGACAAUAUUGUUUUCUGAUAACUUCCUGUUAUGUGACCAGGUCUGAUAAGAAAUAAAUGUUUUCUUGAAUGUCGGCUAGAUUGUGUAGACAUUUGUUCCUGGUAGUUUGUACUUUUAACUUUUUUAUCUCAAAUUUGUAAGGUCAGUACUUGUAUUGAGAAAUGUGAUCCAUCAAAACAACAUGGGAUUAUCAACAACAAAAUGUUAGUAAAUGUAUAUGCAUUAAACACCAUCUUUUACUGUUGUAUUGGGAAGUAUAUAUGAAUUAGACACUGUAUUUUACUGUUUGAAAUUCUUAAAUUUCCUUCAAAGUUCUCUGUGGCAUAUCUGGUGUUUUUGGGGGUUUGUUUUUUGUCUUCAAUUUUUUUAUAAGCAAGAUGAUUCUAGAUAAAGCAUAGGAUGUGAUCGUCAAGUCUUCAAUAAAACACAAUGACAUGGUUGGAUAUACCAUUGAACAUCAGGAUUAUUUUUUGAUUUUAUGUCCCCAGUUUAAAGAAUGGGACAUUUUGUUUAUACUUUGUCUCAUUGAAACUAUAACUUUGAUCAUAUCUUUGAAUUAGGCUUCAUUACAAAGUAGGUAAUUGAAAGUUCAAAGUCAAAGCUACUUGACCAAUAAUGAUGAAGGUCAUUCAUCAAGGUCAAAUUUAUCACAAUUGCAGAGUUUUGUUUGUGUUUUACCACAAUUAAAUAUGGCCAGGCAAAAUAUUUUAAAUUUUUUUUAAACAAUUGAAUGUGGCCAGGCAGAGUGGUUUUUGGUUGGUUUGUUUUUACCACAAUUGAAUGUGACCAGGCAGAGGUGUUUUUUUUUUUUUUACCACAAUUGAAUAUGGCCAGGCAGAGUAUUUUUACAAACAAAUAUAUAUUGUUCUCUGAUAUCAUUUCUUUCAUAAUUCAGUAUGACAUGUGGGGAAUUAGGUGUCAAAAUUUGUAUAGUCGGGGAAAAUUUAGGAUAGGAUAGAGCUUAUCAAGAUUCAUUUUGGGAUUUUGUACAUGUUGGCACAAGUAUUUCAGAACUUUCCUCUUGUCAGAUAUAAUGUGUGAAAGGUUAUCUUUUGAUCCUGGUUGAUAUUUUUCAGAUAGUGGUAUUGUCAACUACAGACCACUAGCAGGUGACAUUUGUUUUAUAUGGGGAGGUAUUUUAUACUUGUACGUGAUUUUCAGUUUCAGAGCAGUGGUGCAAUAUUGGGAUCACAUCCUGUUCUGUACACAUCUGUAUUUCAGUUAUAAUGGUCGUCUUGAUAUGAUAUAAUUUAUUGUGUCUGUAUAAAUAAUUAAAGUUAUGUACACAGUGA